AUGAAUUCGAAUUUACAUUCCAACACUGACAAAUAAUUUAAGCAAUAAAGGCAGUGUAUUUCCAAAUAAGAUGGCUUAGUUAAUGAGAUUAGUGUCAUGACUCCUAAUUAUGGAGAAGUUGUAUGUCUUAAUUCUCAAAAAGCUCCAACAAAACGCUCUAUUCAAAUUGAAUCUACCAAUUAGCAACCUCAAAGGAAGGACUCUUCGAUAACAGAGAUAUUUCAGAAUGUAAUUAGUUUAAAAAAGGAAAAACAAAAAUAUAAAGAUUUCAGAAUAAAUUCAUAGUGUUCUAUAAAACCUGAAAACGAAGUUUAAUUCAACAAAAGAAGGGUAGUAAGUUUAGAGUGUGAAAAUAAUAUAAAAUCAGAAAUAUGUUCAAUUUCAAUUCCAAAAUCAGUAAAGUUGUUGAAAACCGAUCUACUUAAAGAUAAAAAAGAAGUCAAUACAAGAUAGGUAGUGAAAUCGAAAGACAGAUGCACGUUUAUAAAAGAAUUAUUUUUUAUCAGCACAAUUAAGACAAUAAUAACUAUUUAUAAAAACAUAAUAAAAUAUCACAAAACAGUCGAUAUCAAGAAUUUGCCACAAUUAUCUUCAUAGGAUUAGAUUGAAUUAUAUAGUGCAGAAUAUGUCAACUAGAUGAGAUAAGACUUGAAGGCCAAAGUAGAUUUUAGCUUUUACAACUUAUUUUUUUGGAAAUUUAAUUCAUGUUUUACUCUGACGAUGUUAAUAUUGGGAAUGAUUGAAUCUAAUUCUAACUUUAUCAUUUCACUGUUAUUGUUCAAUAUAAUUGAAAAUGUACAAAAUGGUAACAAAGAAGCAGCUCAAUUGAAUGCACUAUAUUUAACUUUUUUAUCAAUAAUUACAAUUAUUGGAAGACAUUAUUAAUAUAUAUAAUUGAGCAAAUUUGGAGGGAAACUUAGGUAAAUCUUGAUGUAUAUUUUGAUUGAGAAGAUUUCCACCUUGUCCAAUUCUUCAAUUUAGAAAUCAAACUCCGGUUCUAUCCUAAAUAUCAUAUGUAGUGACUUAUCCACUUUGGAAUGGUAAUACGGAUACAUCUAUUGUAUACCAAUUGUUCCAAUCUCGUUAUUGUGUUCUGGUUGGAUUUUGUGGCUCUAAUUUCAAGGACCAUAUGGUUUGAUGGCAGUGUUAAUUUGUGUGAUUACUUAUCCGACUCAGACAAUAAUCUAAAAGUGCAUUCAGUCUAUGAUAAAAUAGUUGAAAGAAUACUAAGAUUUAAGAUUGAAGUAGCAAACAAACUUUUUAGACAACAUUUAAACUAUCAAAAUGUAUUGUUGGUAAGAGACUGUAAGAUAAAUGAUAUUAAGGACGAGACUUCUGGAAUGGAAGAAACAUAUUUAAAUUUAAAUUUUAACUUUAAUAGACAGAUCUAUCAAUUAAUCAAUAAAUAUUUGGGGUUCCUUUUUAUUUCUAGUUAUCAUCUAUAACUUAGGAAUUCCAUUAAAUCUAUAGAAGGUUAUCUUAACUAUAUAAUUAAUGGCCUCCAUUAGGUAUUAUUGUGUACAUCAAGUUUCAUAUGGUUUAAAAGCAAUUAUCAAUUUGAAUGUUAUUUUUAAGAGAAUUAAGGACUUCGCAUAGAUUGAACCUCUUUUUGCUCAGAUUCUUGAGUUUCACAAUGAUCAUCCAAAUAUCAACGGUUAGAGUUAUCUUGAACUGUCAAGUAAUAAAGAGAUGAGUUAAUUCUCCUUGAUAAAAUUAUCUGAAAAAGCGAAUCAACAAACAAAGGCAAGUUUUCAGAUCUUGUAAGAUGAAGCUAUUUCGCUCCGUUCUGUAUACUGUUAUUGGGAACUGUAAAAAUAGCCUCUGUUAAAAAACAUUAAUUUUGCUGCCAAUAGAGGAUAAUUGAUAAGUGUUAUAGGUAAAACUGGAUCAGGGAAAACCACCUUCCUAUAGUUGAUACUAAAAGAGAUUCCGUACAUUUAGGGUCAAUUAGAAUUAGCAGACAAUUUGACUUUCGGGUAUGUAGAAUAAGAGCCCUUCAUAAAUCCAACUACAAUAAAGGACAACAUUUUAUUUGGGAGAGAAUACAAUAAAGAGUUAUUUAAUGAGGUUUUGAAAGCCUCUAAUUUUUUAACAGAUCUUAUUGAACUUCCAGAUUUGGAGAAUACAGUAAUUGGAGAUAAUGGAGCAACUCUUUCAGGGGGAUAAAGAGCUAGGUUAAGUUUAGCAAGAGCUCUAUAUGCUAUGCCAAGUGUAUAUUUAUUUGAUGAUCCACUCUCAGCUGUUGACACUAAAGUUGCCAAACACAUCUUUUCUAAAGCGAUCUAAUAAUUUAUAUUUUAAUAUUAGCCAACCAAAAGAAACAACCAUCCAAGUCCAAUAGUAAUUUUGACUACUCAUCAAUUAUCUUAUGCAUUGAAAUGUGAUUAUAUAGUUGUUUUGGAGGAUGGCCAAAUCAUAUGUCAAGGGAGGGCUAGCGAUAUUGGGUAGCAGAUAGAAAAGAUUUUAAAUGUUCAACCUGUAGAAAUAAACGAAAAUGCUUAGAAUAACAGAUAAUAAUUAUCGUUUGAUGAAAAAAAGAAAUCAAAUAAUUUCAAUUUAUUUUGUAAUCAAACGAAUCUUUUGACUCCUAAUGAACAAGUUAUAAAGACUAUUAAAAAGCUGAUAUUAUAUGUAACUACAUCUAAAUUGUUGUUAAUCUUAGCAUUGAAUAUAUUGACUGAAAUAAUCAGAAAUUUAUUUUAUAGAUUGCUUACUUUGAAUGCAGAUGAUGAAGGCAUCAGGAAAUAUGCCUUUUUGAUAUCGGUAUUGGUAAUAACUCAUUUGAUUAAUAACGUAUUGAAAUAUUCAAUUUGUAGUUACGUAAUCUUAGAUAUGAACAAUAAAAUAUUUUCAAAAUCAAUGUAGGCUCUGGCUCAUGGAAAAAAGUCAUUUUUUGAUAAAUAACCAAGUGGUAUAAUCAUCAAUAAGUACUCAACUGAUUUGUCUAUCUUGGAUAAUCAGAUGCCAAUAGUGUUGAUUGAUAUUUUUGAAGAUGGUUGUUAAUUUGUAGUGUCGCUUUUAAUGAUUGGAUUUCUUUAACCUUUCUUCUUUUUACCCAUACUGCUUACAUUGUUCUUGAGUUACGUUUUAUUUAAAACUGUGGUCCAGAUACUAUCACAAUUAAAGAUCAAUGAUUUAACUUAAAGAGCGCCUUAAUUGUCACAAUUUAAGAUAUACAUCCAAGGGCUGACUCAUUAUAGACUAUCCAAUUAAUUUAACCAAUUGAAGUAGAAGUUUUUUACACUUGCAAAUAAUAGUUUUCAAUCCAAUUACAUUUAUCAUUUGACUCAGAAAUGCUUUUCAUAAUAUGUAGAUUUGAUAGCUUUAUUUACAAAAACCUCAGGAACUUAUCUCAUAAUUGCAUUUAUUGAAGACAACUCCUUGUUUUCCCAAGCAUUACUAUUGUUAUAAUCAUUUCACUCCCAGAACACAUUGCUUAGACAAUUGAUGGAACUCAGUGGACUAUUCAAUUCAUAUGAGAGAUUAUUAGAUAUUUUUGAGAUUGAGAAGGAAAAGGAUGACGAUAAAGUUAGUACAAUAUUGCCACGUGCUUGGCCAAAGUAAGGAAGUAUUGUACUCAAGAAUUUAUCAUUGUAAUAUUAUGCCAAUUAAUAACCAGUCCUAAAAAAUAUUGAUCUAGAAAUUAAACCAGAAGAGAAGAUUGCAUUUGUUGGAAGGACAGGUGCUGGUAAAUCAUCAAUAAUAUCUGCAUUAUUCCGACUAGUCGACAUUGGCUCUGAGAGUUCGAUACUUAUAGAUGGUUGCAAUGUUAGGGAUUUAUCAUUAAAUCAAUUAAGGAGAGCCUUGGCUAUCAUACCAUAACAACCCCUUUUGUUUUAUGGAUCUAUCAAACAGAAUCUGGAUCCCCAAAAUUUAUAUACUGAUUCUGAUAUUUGGAAGGCCUUGUCAGAGGUCAAUCUAGAUGGCAUGAUUGAAUAAUAGAAACAGUUGUUGAAUUGUGAUAUCAUGGAUCUGAAUUUGUCAGCUGGCUAGAAGUAGUAAUUGUGUCUGGCUAGAGUAAUUUUGAUGAGAAGGAAAAUCCUGAUUCUUGAUGAAGCAUCUGCCAAUAUUGAUAUUUUGACAGAUCAGGCCAUUUAGGAUAUCAUUCGCUCUAAAUUCAUGGAUUGCACCAUACUCACAAUUGCGCAUCGACUGAAUACUAUUGCACAUUAUGAUAAGGUAAUAGUGUUAGAAAAUGGGGAAAUUGCAGAAUAGGGGAAUCCUUUUGAAUUGCUGAGUGAUGACUAUCAUGCGGAGAAUAUCAAUAAGAAAACUAAGUUUGCAGAGAUGGUACUUGAAACUGGAAAUAAGAAUGCUCAAUAGAUAUUUGGAAUGGCGAAAGAAUCUUAUUAUAUACAAUAGUUAAAAAAGAAAUAAAAAGCUAAAAUGUGA